AUGCUGAAUGUGCACCUGGUCGCUCAUACGCACGAUGACGUUGGGUGGCUUAAAACCGUUGAUCAAUACUACUAUGGCAGUCGUAGUAGCAUUCAAAAGGCGGGCGUACAGUACAUCCUCGAUUCGGUGAUACAGGAGCUGCUGAAGGAUGUGACGCGAAGGUUCAUUUUUGUCGAAUCUGCUUUCAUGCAGAAAUGGUACAUGGAACAGAGUGAGGAGAUGCGAGAGAUCGUAAAAAAUCUAGUUAAUGAGGGACGCCUAGAAUUUAUCGGUGGUGCCUGGAGCAUGAACGAUGAGGCAUCGGUACACUACCAGAGUGUCAUCGAUCAGUUCACCUGGGGACUACGUUUUCUGAACGACACGUUUGGCGAGUGUGGACGUCCUAAGGCAGGCUGGCAGAUUGAUCCGUUCGGACACUCUCGUGAGCAGGGCUCACUGUUCGUGCAGAUGGGUUAUGAUGGGUUGUUCCAGGGUCGGCUAGAUUUUCAGGACAAAAACAACCGUAUCGCUCAGAGAACGAUGGAGAUGAUGUGGAAAACGAGCGAUAGUUUGGAGAGUAGCGAACUGUUCACAAGCGGACUGUAUUACAUAUAUGCGCCACCGCCUGGUUUUUGUUUCGAUGUGCUUUGCAACGACGAUCCGUUCAUUGAUGGUCCUUACUCGAAAGAUAACAACGUAAAAGAGAAGGUGGACCUAUUUCUGGACACCGUCCACAACAUGUCCAAAACAUUCUUGACCAACAACAUUAUUCUUACAAUGGGUGAAGACUUCCACUAUCAGGAUGCCAAUAUGUGGUUCAAGAAUUUGGACAAACUGAUAAGGUACACAAAUGCACGCCAAGCGGAAGGAUCACUGGUGAACGUGUUUUAUUCUACACCUUCCUGCUACCUAAAGGCAGUACAUGAUGCGCAGGUGGAGUGGCCCACCAAAGCCGAUGAUUUCUUCCCUUACGCUUCCGACCCUACUGCCUUCUGGACUGGUUACUACACCUCCCGGCCUACCCAGAAGCGUUACGAGCGAGAAGGUAAUCACUUCCUGCAGGUUUGCAAACAACUAUCGGCCGUUUCUCCUGUGAAAGAAGACUUCUACGAAGCGCAUCUCACUGCGCUACGUGAUGUGAUGGGAGUGAUGCAGCAUCAUGACGCGAUCACCGUGCCAAUGUCCGGUCGGCUCUAA